GUGCAUUCCUUCUUCAAAUUCCGAAACCUGCGAUCAAAUUAACUUAACAGUAGUGUGUAUUAUUAUUCAUAAUUUUUUUAAGUCAUGGUUGAUUUAUUACGCAUAAAUAAGAGAUCUAUUAAUUAAUGUAAAUGUAGAAGAAGUUCAGGUUAUGAUGUUAGUAGUAUUAAUCAGUUUAGCCACCUUUCUUUUCGUAUUUUCAAUCGUGCUUGUCAAAAUCCAAGUAGAAGGAUGUUUUGCGUAGUAAUGAAAGUAUUUUUUGUGAAUAAACUUCACUACACUUUGUUGACAGUAGAGAAGAUGAUAUCUGUAUGGAUAUUUUUGUCGGUAUUUUUUGUUGCUUAUGGAAAUAAGAUACAGUGCAAAAAUGCUAAUAACGAGGACGUAGACUGGGACAAAAGUCGUUCAUAUGGUUUGCUUCAAAGGGGAAGUAUAGUGGGCUGUUCCAUAUUGUAGAUUUAUUGCAAUUGUAAAAGAUCAAGCUCAAAAGACGCCUCCAAGCUAAAGUGUAAUUGCCUGUGAGUGAUACCUUCUUUGACUCAAGAGAAUGAAAGGAGCAUGGUGAAAUGUGCAUGGUCUGGUGGAAGAGCAGGCCUGAUCGCCUUAACCUUGCCACAUAAAAUCUCGCUUUGCCACAUCAUUAACAAAAAUAUAUUUUGUAAUUUAUCCUUAAAAAAGAAAAGUUUGUUGCUUACAAAUGGCCCCAGAAUAAAAACAGUGAUGAUCCCUUUAUAAAGAAGGGAAUAGGUUUUUCUUAUAUAACAGCCACCUCAGCAGAUAGUGGAUGGACCCUUGCCGCCAAAUCAAUUAAUGAUUCAAGUGCCCUUAUAGCCAAUACACUUAAUCCAUUGUAUACAAAUUAUGGAGUUGAUGACUUGGUGUGGAUGUUGUAUAAUGAUGAAACUCCCAACAAAACUGUUUCUUUCACAUUGGGUCAUACAAAAGGUGUUGUUUUGGCAAAUGAUAGAGAAGGUAUUUGGCUGGUGCAUAGUGUACCUCGAUUUCCUCCUCUGCCCUCAUUGGAAUUUGCCUAUCCUCCAUCUGGUAUAAAAUUUGGUCAGAGCUUUUUGUGUAUAAGUUUGAAGUCAUCAGACAUAGACAAAAUAGGUCAACAAAUGAGGUAUAAUGAACCACAAAUUUAUAGUUCUAAUGUACCUUCAAAGUUGGAGAACUUGUAUCCUAAUUUAGUGAGAGCAGUGGCAAAAUCCUGGAUUAAAACUGCACCAUGGAAUCAAAUGCAGGAACUUACAAGCUCUGAAGGGAUAUCAUUCCAGUCUUUUGCUAAGAGUAAAAAAUUCCAAAAAGAUCUGUAUGCUGAUUGGGUAGCUCCUACCUUACAAGUAAACCUAUUGGUGGAAACUUGGCCAAAUGGCCGAGGUCGCCUUCCAUCAGCAUGUCAUUACCCUUUCAAAGUGUUUAACGUGGAGAGUAUUGCUGUGAAGAACAGUAGCAUUGCGUUUUCUGAUCAUGUGGAUCAUUCAAAAUGGGGUAUAGCCGUAAAUUCAAGUAACCCUUGGGUUUGUAUAGGUGACAUCAAUAGAAUGGAAAGUCAAGAAGAACGUGGUGGUGGCACUGUCUGUUUGAAACAUUCAGCACUGUGGAAUGCAUAUAAACAAUCAAUAAAUGAAAUUGAAAAUUGCCCACGCUUUAGAUAAUGUGUUGAGAAUUUACAUAUGAUAAAAGAUACUACUAUCUCAUUUGUUUAUUUGAAUAUUCUGUUUCACUUAUACUAUUAACAGUUUCUGUAUAUUUUGAUUAUUGUAUGAUCUCUAGUAUAUUGUAAGAAAGGUAUCUUAGUAACUUUCAAUGUAACAGAAACAGUACAAAUUGCAUAUCAUAUGACUGUUUGUUAUUAUUGCUGACCUACUGUGAAUAAUUUGAAUAUGAAGAUAAUUAAAGUAUUUUUUAAAUUUUCUAUUUGAUCUUUUUUAUUAUUACCCAUUUAGAGGUAAAUUGCAAAGGGUGCAGUCUGUCUAUUACUGUAAACAAACUGGAUAAUGAAAUUUAUGUAUUUAAUGAUAUUUUGAUCUGUAAUUGAUUUAUUUUGAUAUAUUAAAAUUUGAUAAAGUUCAUUAAUUUAUUUAAUAUUAAGGAUUAACUCACGAAAUGGUUUUCCAAAAU